AUGCCGCAGCAAUUGAGCUCGAAGGAUGCCUCCCUAUUCCGACAGGUCGUCCGCCACUAUGAGAACAAGCAGUACAAAAAGGGCAUCAAAACAGCCGAACAAAUCCUUCGAAAAAAUCAAAACCAUGGUGAUACGUUAGCGAUGAAAGCACUUAUCAUGAGCAACCAAGGACAACAAGAGGAGGCCUUCGCCCUGGCCAAGGAAGCUCUCAAGAACGACAUGAAGUCGCAUAUCUGCUGGCACGUUUACGGCUUGCUUUAUCGGGCGGAGAAGAACUACGAGGAAGCUAUCAAAGCCUAUCGGUUUGCAUUGAGGAUCGAGCCGGAAUCCCAGCCCAUCCAGCGCGACCUCGCCCUCCUUCAGAUGCAAAUGCGGGAUUACCCAGGCUAUAUACAGAGCAGAAGUAGUAUGCUACAGGCUCGCCCCGGAUUCCGACAGAACUGGACGGCCCUUGCUAUCGCGCACCACCUCUCUGGGGAUCUGGAGGAGGCCGAAAAGGUGCUGACUACAUAUGAGGAGACGCUGAAAACCCCACCGCCUGUCUCAGAUAUGGAACACUCCGAGGCGACUCUGUACAAGAACGUGGUUAUUGCGGAGUCAGGGAACAUUGAAAAGGCGCUGGAACACCUCGAGUCUGUGGGAUACCGAAUCUCGGAUGUGCUCGCUGUAAUGGAAAUGAAAGCGGACUACCUCCUACGCCUCGACAGGAAGGAGGAAGCGGCCGCAGCCUAUACAGCUCUCUUGGAACGAAACUCGGAGAAUUCCAUUUACUAUGAUGGUUUGCUCAAGGCCAAGGACAUUUCCAGUGAUGACCAUAAAGCUCUCAAGGCUGAAUAUGACUCAUGGGCUGAAAAGUACCCGCGCGGUGAUGCUCCUCGCAGAAUCCCCUUGGAUUUCCUGGAGGGAGACGAUUUUAAACAGGCAUCCGAUGUAUACUUGCAGCGUAUGCUCAAGAAGGGUGUACCGUCGCUUUUCGCGAACAUCAAGCUUCUCUACACCAACCCUAGCAAGCGCGACACAGUACAAGAGUUGGUAGAAGGCUACGUUUCAGCUCCACAGUCGAAUGGCACGGCCGACGGGUCUGCUACCAAGGACAACAACGAAUUCCUCUCCUCUGCAUACUACUUCCUCGCACAGCACUACAACUACCAUCUCAGCCGUGAUUUGUCCAAGGCCCUCAAAAACGUGGACAAGGCUCUUGAACUGUCACCUAAGGCUGUGGAGUACCAGAUGACCAAGGCUAGAAUUUGGAAGCAUUAUGGCGAUCUCGAGAAGGCCGCAGAGGAAAUGGAGAACGCCAGAAAAAUGGACGAGAAGGACCGCCACAUCAACUCGAAGGCUGCCAAAUACCAACUUCGCAACAAUGAAAAUGACAAGGCUCUCGAUAACAUGAGUAAAUUUACCCGUAAUGAGACCUUUGGGGGCGCAAUGGGUGACCUCCAUGAGAUGCAAUGUGUGUGGUACCUAACUGAAGAUGGCGAGGCAUACUUAAGGCAGAGGAAGCUUGGGCUUGCCCUUAAGCGGCUUCGUGCUGUCUACAAUAUCUUUGACGUAUGGCAAGAAGAUCAGUUUGAUUUCCACAGCUUUUCCCUGCGGAAGGGGAUGAUCCGGGCCUAUGUUGACAUGGUUCGUUGGGAAGAUCGUCUGCGCGAGCAUCCCUUUUACGCGCGGAUGGCACAUUCUGCCAUCAAGACUUAUUUGCUUCUUCACGACCAACCGGAUCUCGCCCACGGGCCCCUUCCCGAGAUCAAUGGCACCGAUGCGGGUGAUGACGCUGAACGCAAGAAGGCCCUUAAGAAGGCCAAGAAGGAGCAGCAACGACUUGAGAAGAUCGAAGCAGACAAGCGGGACGCUGCUAGAAAGGCUGCUGCCAACCCCAAGAGCGCCGACGGUGAGGUUAAGAAAGAGGACCCCGAUCCUCUCGGCAACAAGCUUGCACAAACACAGGAUCCGCUGAAAGAAGCGACCAAAUUCCUCACACCCUUGCUGGAGUACUGUGGCAAUGAUAUUGAAUCUCAAUUCCACGGAUUCGAGGUAUACCUUCGCAGGGGUAAAUAUGCACUUGCUCUCAAAUGUCUCUCAGCGGCCCACUCCAUCGACGCAUCUAACCCCACCCUCCACGUUCAACUGCUCCGAUUCCGCCAAGCCUUGAACAAUCUCUCUGAGCCUCUUCCACCGCAGGUGGCGGAAGUUGUUGGUGCGGAGUUUGAGGCUCUCCUCCCCAAGGCGCAGAAGCUCGACGAAUGGAACAACUCAUUCCUUGCGGCACACAAGGACAGCAUUCCACACCGACAUGCAUAUCUUACCUGCCAACAGCUUCUGAACCCUGAGUCAAAACCGCAAAACGAAAAGGAGCUUGCUUCCACCCUGGAUGCAGAUAUUGUGUCACUUGAGACAGCCCUUGCUGGUCUAGACCUACUGGGCGAGUGGGGGAGCAGCCAGGCCGCAAAGACCUCCUACGCCGAGAAGGCUAACAGCAAGUGGCCGGAGUCGUCCUCGUUCCGACUUGGCUAG